AUUAAAUAAUUAAAUAAAUACAGCAGUAACCAGAUUCAGAAGAAUCGGAAGUGGAGUGAGAGAGAGGAAAAGGGAAAGUGACGAAGAGGAAUCGGGAGGAAUAAGAUGCCGAGUAGCAGAUUUUCUGGAACAGUCUCUACUCCGAAGGUAGACGUGAUGGUGGAUAUGGGCAAUCCAUUUCUCAAUCUCACCGUCGAUGGCUUUUUGAAGAUCGGAAGUGUUGCCGUGGCCAAAACAGCUGUAGAGGAAACCUAUCACGUCGUCAAAAAAGGGAGUAUUUCAAGUCACAGUUUUGAGAAUUCGCUAAAGAAAAUGUGUAAAGAAGGGGCCUAUUGGGGAACAGUUGCUGGGGUAUAUGUCGGAAUGGAGUAUGGAAUGGAGAGGGUCCGUGGCACCAGGGAUUGGAAGAAUGCAAUGCUUGGGGGUGCAUUGACGGGGGCUCUGGUUUCUGCAGCCAGCAGCAAGAACAGAGACCAAAUUGUAAAGGAUGCAAUCACCGGAGGUGCGGUUGCGACUGCUGCAGAGUUCCUAAACUAUAUCACCUGAACAAGGAGAUCUUUAUAUUCUCUCAACAUCUUUGCGAAUCAUGGUGAAAUAUCUAAUGUGUUUCUUUUGUCAUUUUCUUCUAAUUUGUUUGGUUGUAGUAGGAAAUAACAACAGCCCUGUGAGUCGUAACGAUCAUGUAAAAUGACUUUAAACCAUGUAUUAGCCAGCUUUCCAUUUCUAA